AUGUCCAAGUACGGCGUCAUGGUCAUGGGCCCGGCCGGAGCCGGCAAGUCCACCUUCUGCGCCUCCCUCAUAACCCACCUGAACCUCAACCGCCGCUCCGCCUUUUACGUCAACCUCGACCCGGCCGCCGAGUCCUUCGAGCACGCGCCCGACCUCGACAUCAAAGACCUCAUCUCCCUCCACGACGCCAUGGAAGAGGUCGGCCUCGGCCCCAACGGCGGCCUCAUCUACUGCUUCGAGUUCCUCAUGGAGAACCUCGACUUCCUCACAGAGGCCCUCGACAACCUCACAGAGGAGUACCUCAUCAUCUUUGACAUGCCGGGCCAGAUCGAGCUCUACACCCACAUCCCCAUCCUGCCCGCCCUCGCCCGCUUCCUCUCCCAGCCGGGCAGCCUCGACAUCCGCCUCUGCGCCGCCUACCUCCUCGAAGCCACCUUCGUCGUCGACCGCGCCAAAUUCUUCGCCGGCACCCUGUCGGCCAUGUCCGCCAUGAUCAUGCUCGAGAUCCCCCACAUCAACGUCCUCUCCAAAAUGGACCUCGUCAAGGACCAGGUCCGCAAAAAGGACCUCAAGCGCUUCCUCACGCCCGACACGGGCCUCCUCGACGACGACCCCAUCUCCAUCGCCGCCGCGGGCGGCGAGCCCGACGACGGCCGCGGCGAGGUGCACGAUCGCGACCUCGUCAUGCGCGGCCGGAGUUUUCAGAGGCUCAACCGCGCCGUCGCGGGCCUGAUUGAGAGCUUCAGCAUGGUCAACUACCUCAAGCUGGAUAACACGGACGAGGACAGCGUCGGCGCGAUCCUGAGCUACGUGGAUGAUAUCAUCCAGUACCACGAGGCGCAGGAGCCAAAGGAGCUCAAGGACGAGGAGUUUGACGAGCCGCAAGACGACUAA